AUGAGGAGCGCAGGGGUGGGGAAUCCGAACGCUGCUGCGCGGCUAGAGGGUCGCGAGAGCGGCUUCGAUGGCAUUGGCGCUCCAGGCAGGCCCUGGGGGCUGGGGGCUGGCCGGCCCUUGGCCACAGGCGCCACUGGCGGCCCGCCCUCCAUUCCCUGGGACGUGCUCCUGGGCAUACAGCCCGUCACUGGCGUGUUCAACACGGUCACGAUACGGCACAGGCUGCAUCUUUUCGUCAACCGAGCGACUCGCUGUAUGGCCUCUGGGAAUACCUCCCCGCCACGGACGCCGGAGAGCAGGCAGCGGAAGUCGUUCGCGGAGGUCUGGCUUCUGCCGCACCGGUCCUCCCUCUUCAUGUUCCUCUACCAGGCCAUCGAGGGCUGGUUGCUGCUCUGGUUGACGGACCGGGCGCACAAGCUGGUGAAGGGCUGUCUCUCGCUGGUGCCCCGCCUCUCCGCGUCUCCCGCUCCGUCGCCGCCUUCUCCUCCCACUUCUCCGCUCCUCCCGCCCACUGCUCUGGUCGUCGCCUCCGCCUCUUCUCCCGCCGCCUCCUUCGACUGGGUCCUCUACGGCGCAGUCCGCUCCGUUCUCUAUCCUUUUGUUGUGGCAGUGUCGCAUCCCUUCUCUAUCGUUCGCACCGUUUUUCUCGUAAAGGGCGAGUUGUUGGCCGACGGAAUUCGGGAAUCGUUUAUCGCGGUGAUGCCUUCGCGGGAGGCUUCCGUCUACGGGCGGAGCUACUGGGCGCAUGUCGUCUCUGGGCUGGCCGACUUUUGGCUGAGCGAGCUCGUCUACCGAGCCAGCCUGCCCCUGCUCCAGCGCCAUUUCCCCAAUCUCUUCCCACCGCCGCAACCUCUCGUGCGACUGGUGCAGGUGGAUGAGAUGCUGGAGAGCCGGCAAGCGCGCAAGGCCACCAAGAUACGAAGGAAUCUCGCCAUCGCCUCCCUCCGAUUCUUUUCCGGGCUGGAAGCGCAGGGCUGCAGCUCGCUGUGCGAGGUGAGCCACGACGGCCUCGUCUCAUGCUUGAGAUCAGUCCUGGACGACGAGGGCUUUUCAGGGUUGUAUCGAGGGUUUCGGGCGCACUGCGUCUCACUGGUGGCGCAGUCGAUUUGGAUGGCCGGCGUGUUCGGCCUGAGCCAUCUGUCGCGCAAGAUGGACAGCCUGCUGGGCCUCGACGAAGACGAUGAAGACUUCCUCGACGACUGA